AUGUCUGUUGUGGGCGCGCAGCUUUUCAUCAAACCAAUGCAGGCGCUACCCUCCGUGUCCCCCGGGAUCCAGAGGAGACACACGCUCCCCGCCAGCGAGUUCCGACCCCUGAACACGCAAGAUGCCAUCAGCGUGUUUGAGAUCGAGCGAGAAGCGUUCAUCUCAGUGUCCGGGGAUUGUCCCCUCCACCUGGACGAGGUGCGUCACUUCCUCACUCUGUGUCCCGAGCUGUCCAUGGGCUGGAUCGAGGAGGGCCGGCUGGUGGCGUUUAUCAUCGGCUCCCUGUGGGACCAGGACAGACUCACCACAGACGCGCUGACCCUGCACAAGCCCCGCGGCUCCACCGUGCACAUCCACAUCCUGGCCGUCCACCGCACCUUCCGGCAGCAGGGCAAAGGUCCCAUCCUGCUGUGGCGCUACCUGCAGUACCUGCGCUGCCUGCCCAGCGUGCGCCGGGCUGUGCUGAUGUGCGAGGACGACCUGGUGCCCUUCUACCGCAAGUCCGGCUUCAAGGUGCUGGGCCGCUGCGCCAUCACCGUGGGGACCCUCACCUUCACGGAGAUGCUGUACCCGAUCAGCGGCCACGCCUACAUGCGCCGCAACAGCGAAGCAAUCCGCUUCCCCCAUCACCCCCUGACUCUGCCCCUGACAAAGACUGAUGAGCAGGAUGGUGUAUGA